AUGUGGGAGAACUGCUCACACCGCGCUGCAGACCCAGAGCUGCUCUAUAUCCACCUCUGCAACGACCACAUCGGACGCAAGUCUACUGGAAAUCUCUGCCUCACAUGCAAGUGGAAAGACUGCGGAGUCUCCUGUGCAAAGAGGGACCAUAUCACUAGCCAUCUGAGAGUGCACACGCCGCUCAAACCACAUACGUGUGAUAUCUGCAACAAAGCCUUCAAGAGGCCUCAAGAUCUCAAGAAACACGAAAAGAUCCACACAGCAGAGCAUCAUACAGCACACAAGCACUCCAAGGCCCAGCUCGCACCUGGCACGCUCCUCCCACACACUGGGAUCUCACCUCACAGCUCUGCCUCCCUAUCCCCCGAUGUCGGGAUAGGUGGCACUCCUCCCCGCGCAGACGGGCUGCCCUCUGUACGCCGUUCGCCCCAGCAAGCCCAGUGUGCGUCCCCCAACCCUGUCCACUGUAUCUGA